CUAACAACGUACGCAGCAGCAGCGGCGACAGCGGCAGCAGUAUUGAAGUGGUCGGCGGCGGCUACAGCAGCCACCCUGGUGGUGUAGGUCAAGGCGGCGGUGGCGGCGGCGGCAGUGGUGGCAGGGUGCAGCUGCUGCUCCACCUGACGGACAUCCACAUCAGUCACAUGGAGGAACCCAAGGGGGAUCCGCAGGUAGGGGUAAUCCGCGCGAUGUCUGCUGAUAUCUGUUAUUUGACGCUGUCUCUGUCCUGGUGAAAUGCUGGUUCAAAGCCCAAAGGUCGGCGAACGGGGCUUCCUUUCCCCUCCCUCCUGUACUCCUCAGCCCCAGUCCCAUCCUCCGCACACCCCCGCUGUUCUUGCUCCCCAUCCCCUCACCCACAGCGUGCCCCGGACCUGCUCCUCCUGUCCUCGUCCCUGCUGUCCCACUGGCCGCUGUCGGCCGCCGUACUGACCGGGGAUCUGACGGAGGCAAAGGACGUGUACGGCAGGGGCCGGCAGUACGAGGGGGAGUGGCAGACAUAUCAAACCGUCUGGCGGGGCCUGAUGUCAUACGGCGGUAUUCCGUACGGAGCGGUGUACGACGUUCGCGGCAAUCACGACACCUUCAACUCCGGCCCCAGGUGCGGUCCCCAGGACUUCUUCUGCCGUUACAGUGCCCGCGCCGCAAGACUCCUUGGCGAGGUGCAUGACGGCAGCAAGGACAGCAGCAGCAACAUGAGCAACAGCAACACCAGCAGCAUCAGCCGAAGCCAAAGCUUCGCUAACAUGCAGCAGCAAUGGGCCAGCGAAGGCGGAUCCACGGGUCGCAUCUUCAUCGACCCAGUGUACGACAGAUCAGCUUCGAAGUCUCCUCCCACAUGUCCAACGGUUAUGUUAGUUGGGAUAGAUGCUUCGCUGGAUCCAGGAAUGCGGAGUCCAACCAACUUUCUCGGCGUCAUACGUCAAGACGUUCUCAACGAAUUGGACGAGCGUCUAACCGCCUCCCUAACCGCCAUGCGCGCCGCCAACUGCUCUCCAUCAUACAUCGCGUACGGCCAUUACCCGCUCUCCGUUACCUCGUAUGUCGUGCAGCAAUCUCCUGCUGAUCCUAAACCGGUCAACAACGGUCAACAGUCAUCGUUAUCUUCCGUACAGGAGGUUUUGCUGCGUCACGGUGUUACUGCCUACCUGUCAGGUCACCUGCAUGGAGCUUUUGGUCGCCGGCUGCACAGGCUGCACCGCUCUCCUCCUUCCUCCUCCUCCUCGUCCACUACCGGUAUUGCCAGUACCAAUGCCGGGUAUUUGGUCGAGCUGGAAUCCGUGGAUUGGAAGCACGGUCGUACGGUACGGUUGCUGACGGUUGAUCUGGAUCCAACGACAGCAACUGACAGCAGCACCAGCAGCAGUGGAGGCAAGGGCGCCGUCAUUGGCUUUGCAGAUUUCAGCUUCCAGCGUCAACAAAAGGGCCCUCUGGAUUCAGCAGGAGCAGCAGAAGCUGCAGUACAGGUAUCGACAGAAUCCGCCGGACCUCAACUCGUACCGUACGAUAAAAGCCGUACAAUGGGACUGUCGUACUUGCCCCUGAUGACCAGCCCGCCAGACGCACGCUAUAGCCCCCAGCUACGGCCCUUGUACGACACAACGUCUGCCAACAGUAGUGCUACUAACAGUACGACAGAGGCGGUAGCAGACGAAGUGAAACCUUCUUUUGUCGUACGUGUUGUGGUGCUGCCGAUGAUGGCGAAUCCCACUUCGGUGCCUCCUGCUCCGAAACCGGCUGCUGUUUACCUGCUGUGGUCUUGCGGGCAGCGGUCACCGCCACCACCAGCAGCGCCAACAGCAGUACCGACAGCGUCGACGUCGUCAUCCCUAAAUGCCCCAUCAGAAGAGUCGAGAUCGGGAGUGCUGGAGAUGCAACUAGAGAGCCGUACGGCAAACUACAGUACCUACACAGCGGAUCUGUUUGAUACCGCAGUGCUGCCUCCAUCAGCAGCAGCAUCAGCAGCAUCUGCAUCCCCAUCUUUCCAUGCACCACAAGGGCCGUACGCCUUGCCAACUAGCUGCCCGACGGGCCUUAUAACCGUACGAGUACACGUCAUUGCUGCUACCAACGUGACACGCGGUGCAGGCGGCGCCGCUAAGGCGAGCGGUGCAGGCGGCAGCGGCAUGAGCGCCCUUGAUGCGGGUUCACCCGGCAGCAGCGACCGCGCCGACCGUGUGGAUGUAUCCACGACGGAAGAUCGACCCCUGCAUUGGCACCCCCCGCCACUGCCACCUGCGUCACCGUUUUCACUAACAACAUCAUCAUCACAGCCAUCAUCAUCAUCAUCAGCAGCAGCAGCAGCAGCAGCAGCGGCAGCACCGGCAGUAGCUGCGGUAGAGGCAUUUGAUGUUCCGGUGCCUCUGCGACUUAGCCUGUCCGAAUGGCUGAUCAUCAACGUACACUGGCCGACGUUUGCUCGCGUGGCAUUUGCCGUACAAUGGGGUGUCGUACUGCUACUGCUGCUGGUACUGCCGUACCUGGUGGUCAUGUGUUCGGAGGAAACGCCGAUCCUAACUGGAUCUGGAUGCCUCCGGACGUUUUCAGGUUCAGGUAGCUUGGGAUUGUUGCGUUUGUUUGGGAGGAAGCAACUGGGUGGACAGCAUAGGAUGCAGAAGGAAGAUGAGGAAGAUGCAGCAGCAGAGGAGGAGCAGCAGCGGAAGAGGUUGCUACAGCCGAGUUGCCGUACGGACGGAAGUUAUAGCCCUUGCAGCGUAGCUCCUGCUGCUACUGCUGCUGCGGCACAUAUGUCGUUGUUGCGCCCCCCAGCAGCAGCAGCAGCGGUAACAGUAGCAGGCGUAAGAGGAGCGGGGGAAGAGGCGGAGACGGCGGAGGAGUGCGAGAUAGAGGAGAGGGAAGACAAGGAGGAGUUGCAGCAGGAGGAGGAGGAACUGCGGGUUGGAAGGCAGCAGGAGCUGAGACAGCGUGAGGAGGAGGAGGAGGAGGAGGAGCAGGAGCCGCUGUUGUCGCCGCUGAAUCCUGGCUGCAGCAACCACGGCGCAGCAUCCAUGCGCGUUGUACGGCAGCAACGCCAAAGGCGGUGGUUGUGGCCGUUUCAGCGGUUAUUUAGUUUGUGGCCGUUGCGGGAUUUCAUGGCGCUCGCUCAUGGCUACCGGAUCCCUUACCGCAACAGCAGUGCUGAUGCCAGCAAUGGCGACGGCAGCAGCGGGAACAGCAACAACAGCAGCAACAGCAAGAUCAUCAACGUCCCAUGGGUCGCUCUGUUCCUGUACGGUAUCUAUCUGGCUGCGGGAGGUCCCUGGCUGGUAGCGGAGUUUAUCUCGCCAGGCGGGUACGGCAUGCUAACGGCGUACGGCACAAUCUUCUUCACACAGCCACCUUCUUCUUCUCCUCCAGCAACACCUCCUCCUCCUCAGACUCGCUCUCAAGACCACCUAAUGAUCAGCAAUGUGCUGCUGCUGGCCUGUAUAGGGCCCUCCUUCCUGCUGUGCGCCUCCAUAGCUUCCCGCUGGAGGGACCUGGCGGAUGCCGGGAAGCUGCCCGGUGCCGCUGCAGCAACUGCCGCCGCUGCGAUGAGCGUGGUGGAUCUAGCGACGGCAGCAGGUGCUAGCAAUGGCGGUGAUGACGUCAGGAGGGUAAGGAGGUUUGGUGGUGUUGAGCAAUUCCUAGUGAAGUGGCAGCAACAGCGGUGGCCAUGGUGGUUCAGAUUGCUGUCGUACCGGCAGAUGAUUGCAGCGGCAGUGAUUGUCGUACUGAAUUUCGGGUUGUGUUGGAAGCUGCAGGCGGGACUUGGAUGGGUGUCAGUGCUGGUGUCGCCUGGGGCGGGUUGGGUGAUGCCGCUGUUGUUGGCGUGGGGAUGGUUGGCUUGGCGACAAAUGUUGGCAAUGUCCAAGUCAACGCCUACAUCUUCUGCGGCAGUGCCAAGGACGUCAGCGGUGACGACUCCGUUACUGCCGGGGAGGCGUGACGAGGUAUCAGGUGUGGCGGAGCUUGCAAACUUGGGGCCAAGUCGGCGGCGGUCUGGGUUGGGGUUGACUCGUUGAUGCGGUUGACGGUUUGUUUGUGCGGUUGACGGUUCGUUUAUGCUUGAAAAUGUCUGGCUUUGCUUAGAGAGUUGGAGUCGGAAAUGCAGGAGGAACACAGACAUGAAUUAGCAUUGGGCUUAGGAAGACGUUGUCGGGGAAGUUACGCAGACUCCCGUAGAGUCCACAAGGUUGAGGGGCGAGUCGCGCAUGAGAGACGAAGGAACUAGGUGCGGGCAAACCGCUCGUACCCUGUGCAGUCGCGUGCGGAUGGGAUAAGCUAAAAGACGGAUCACCUCUAGAUGAACGUCUUAAAAUAUUCCGACAGCAGUGCAUUACUCUUCAGUUUCGGCCGCGUAGGAAGCGCUGGAAGAGCAACCAAUAGCCAUGCGUAGCCCUGCGCCGAAAAGUCACG